AUGACUAGCGAUCUGAUUUCCUACAAAUACCAUCCAAACAAAAAGGUCCAGAUUAUCAGCUGUCCCUUCUCAGGCGGCCAGGCUCGUGGCGGCGUCGAACUCGGCCCAGAUCACGUUCUCGAGCACGGCCUCGAGGAGCAGCUCGCGUCCCUGGACUGGACCCUCAGCCCGCCCCUGUCGCUCUCCUUCUCCGAGCCUGCCUCCGAUCCUGACGAGGGCAAGCUCAAGCGUCCUCUCUACGUCGGCACCUCCACCAAGAAAGUAGCUGAUACCGUCGCCAGCGCGCUCAGUGCCGGCUCAUUCCCGCUCACCAUCGGCGGUGACCAUUCGCUUGCGAUCGGCACCGUCUCUGGUGUCUUUUCUCAGCACCCUGACGCCUGCUUGCUCUGGAUCGAUGCGCACGCUGAUAUCAACACCCCGCAGUCGACCCCCUCGGGCAACAUCCACGGCUGCCCAGUGUCGUUCCUCAUGGGUCUGGCUGAUCCCUGCCCGCCGCAAUUUGCCUGGGUAAAGCCAUACCUCAAGGCAAACAAACUAGCCUACAUCGGUCUCCGCGACGUCGACCCCGGCGAGCGCGAGAUCCUCAAGCAGAACGGCAUCGCCGCAUACUCAAUGCACCAUGUCGACAAAUACGGCAUCGGCAAGGUCGUCGAGAUGGCCCUCGAGCGCGUCAACCCCGGCAGCAAGUCGCCUAUCCAUCUCUCGCUCGACAUCGACGCGCUCGACCCCGUGCACGCGCCCGCGACUGGAACCCCCGUCCGCGGCGGCCUUUCGCUGCGCGAGGCCUGCUACAUCUGCGAGGCGCUGGCCGAGACUGGAAACCUCGUCGCCAUGGACAUCAUGGAAUGCAACCCCGCACUCGGCGCCGACGAGCUCUCUGUGAAGGCGACCAUCGCGGCAGCCUGCAGUGUCGUUAGAUGUGCGAUGGGCGAGACGUUGCUGUAA